CUGCCCGUCGGGGUCCCCGCCGGCAGUGACGAUGUUCUCUCUCAAGCAGCCCAAGCCCACCUUCAAGUCCUACGUUCUGCCGUUGCCUCAGGCUGAAGACCAUAUCACUUCAGAACCAAGGAUUAAAAAACUGGAACCAGUACUUUUGCCAGGUGAAAUUGUGGUAAAUGAAGUAAAUUUUGUAAGAAAAUGCAUUGCAACAGAUACAAGUCAGUAUGACCUGUGGGGAAAAUUGGUUUGCACGAACUUCAAGAUUUCCUUUAUUACGGAUGACCCAAUGCCACUACAGAAAUUCCAUUAUAAAAACCUUCUCCUUGGUGAACAUGACGUCCCACUAACAUGCAUUGAGCAGAUUGUCACAGGUAUGUCAAAAAUAGUUAAGUGUGAUGACAGCCUUUAA